UGGGCUGCGCCGUUCGCGGGGCACGCCGGGAUCCCGGGUUGGUGAUGAUGAAGAUGAUGAUGAAGAAGACUCCGCAGGGCCACGUUGCGCUAGAAUUACCGAUCGCGUUCGUUGUCGCACGGUUUAUCUGAAGCAAAAACGAAAGGUUGUUGUUGAUAGCUCCACUAAAGUCGCAUCAUUACGAAUCGCGCGCUUGAGCGUGACAGCCACCCACCCCCCCCUAAGUGUGCCCGUGCCGGCCUUCGUAGGUGCUAUCCUCGAACAGCACUUGCCCUCAAACGUCUCUUAAGGGGGCAUCCGUUUCGUAGCCGUGUUAGUCAUCAUGGACCAGGCGCAGCUGCAGCGCUGCGUGGAGCACCACGGUCCCACGUUGCUCGCGAUGCUCCAGGCGGAGCAGGAUGAGAACAUCGAUGUCGCCGCGAUCACUGCCCCCGAGGCCCGACUGAGUUCCCCUCCGGAUCCCCUGAGCCUCCGCAUUCAGCACUUUAUAGCUAAGAAAGCCGACCUGCUCUUCGCCAAGGGGUGGAAGUCCCGUGAGGGGAGCGGUCUUACGCGCCAGGAUGAGAGGAGAGAGUAUGUGGCGGUGCCGCCGCCACUGGAGCAGCUGAUGUGCGUGCGGAGCGGGGUGGCGCGCGCCCAGUUCUUCUCCGACGUGGAGCCGCAGGACCUGCUCAUCGGCCGCGUCACCGCCGUCAAAGAGUUCGGCUUUUUCGUGAACCUUGUGUGCUUCGACUGCGGAAAGACACGUGACAUCGAGCAACUCAACAUCACGGCUCUGUGUCCGGCGAGGGAGAUCCCGACACAGGGCCGCUACCACCAGGACCCGUUUGCGUACUACCACCCCGGGGACCUUAUCAGAGCGGUGAUGAAGGACGUGGACGAGGAGCAGGAGAGGCUGACCAUCUCCGUGCAGACGUCCGCCCUGCCCGAACAUGUGGCCCACGUCAAACUGGGCGUCAUCAACGCCGAGCAGAUGCCCCCGCACUACAGGUGCGUGCUGGCGGUGUCUGGGGACGACACGCUGACGUACGAAGACGCCCUGCGCAACUCGGUGGCCUUCUCCAACCCGGCGUGCGUGGAGUUCCUCAUGUCGCGCCUGGGCAUCAGCGAGAGCCACCCGCCCUCGCUACUGCGUGGGCUGCAGAGCUCCGACUUCUCGGCGGAGGAUUUUGCGCCGGUGCUGAGACAGAAGCAGUCGACUGCAUGGGCUCUGAAGUGUGUGAAGAGCGGCGUUGAUCACUUCAAGUCGGGGCAGCCGGUGGAAGCGAUGAACGCGUACAACCGCGCUCUCGAGAUGGACCCCACAAACGUGGAGGCCCUGGUGGCGCGCGGCGCGCUGUUCGCCAGCAAGGGCAGCCUGACCAAGGCCACGGAGGACCUGGAGGCGGCGCUGGAGGCCUCUCCGACGCACCGAAACGCGCGCAAGUACCUGGGACAGACGCUGUGGCAGCGCGGGCAGCAGGUGUUUGCCGAGGGACAGCUGCUGAGCGCCGAGUCACUGUACCAGCGCGCGCUGGAGCUGGUGCCGGAGCUGGGCCCGGCUCACGACGGCCUCAGGGCCGUGAGAGCCAAGCUGCAGGAACGGGAGGCGGAGGUGAAACUGGAGGAGAAGAAGCGGCAACAGAAGGAGGACGUCGCCCGGGAAGCGACGAGUGCGGACAAGCUGCGGCAGUUGCUCCAUGACGAGAAGAGAACGCAGAAGAAACGCAGGCGAUCGCCCUCCGAGUCUUCAUCCGUCAUCACGGUCUCCUCCACCGACUCUUCCGAGUCUUCGCACUCCUCCUCUGGUGGCGGCGGAGGCGGCCCUCGAAAGCACAAGCGCAGCGGGAAGAAGCGCGCCAAGAAGAAGCCGUCCAAGUCGAAGGCGAGGGGCAGAGGCAAAGGGAAGAAGAGGAAGAAGAGUGGACACAGAAAGAAACGGAAGUCUUCCUCGUCCAAACCCAAGCGCAAGCGGAGGCACAGUGACAGCAGCGGCGAGCGGCGGUCCCACGCCAAGCGGCACCGGCCGAGCUCCAGCAGCCGGCGAAGAACCGAGUCGGAGUCACGGAGAAGCCGCAAGGAGUCCGUGACGGAGAGAUCGGCAGGGCGAGCGCCGCGAUCCAUCUCUCACCACUCGUCCUCUUCUUCCUCCUCCACCUUCUCCUCGCGGUCACGAACACGAUCGGGCUCUGAGCGAAGCACCAAUGGAAGACCUUCGUACGCGAAAAACAACGCGGGGAAGAAGCGGCCUUCCUUGGGCAGUGGCAGCUGCAGAAGUUUCUCCCCGGGUCCGGACAGACGCUGCUCCCCGGUCGAACAAGGGUCGGUGAGGAGGGGGGACGACUCGUACGAUCGCAGUUACGCCCGGAGCACGAUGGGGGAAGGCCGCUCGCCCUCGCUGGGGAGGUCUGGCCGUAACAAGUCCCCGUGCGUAGAACGGAAAGAGCCUGCGGGCCCGGACGCGGUGGGGGCGGGGGGCUCACGCUCGCCGCGCCGCCCCCGCGAGUGGUACCGCCACGACUACCACGGUGCUGGUGACGCCUGCUCCCCGCCGCCCUGCACGUCUGGAUCGUUCCUGCGUGACGGUAGGGCGGGCAGAGCGCCCAGCGUGGUGGUCGUCUCGGACUCCAGCGAUAAUUCACCGAGUGGCUCGCGGGGCCCCGGCCCGCGACGGGAGCAGCCAGGCCAUGGCCGCGGCGGUAGUAGUCGUGGUUGUGGCGUCGGUGGCCACGCGUCCACCGAUCGGUCGGGCCUGGGGCAGCUGAGCGUCUCGUAUGACUCUCAGCAGGAGGAGGAGGUGGAGUAUGCGGAUGAGGACGACCUGUGGCGUCGUCACGAUGCUUCAGGCCCCAGAGCGUCGCGCAAUGAGGACGGGAAAACUCAGCGGAGGCACGAGUCGGAGCGCUUGGCCGGGAGCGGGAGGAGGCAGGGCCACGGUGUAGAGCCCAGAGAGGGCCGCUGUGCCGGUGGCGGCGACGCUCAUUAUUGGGAGCGCGGGCGGAACAGGAGCUUUGAGGGCCCUGAGAGAGCAAGCCACAGAUCCUCAUCGAGCCUGGCGUCCGACGUGGUGGAGGCGACGGCUUUCGGAGCAGAGCAGGGAGCACCUCGAACGGGAGAGCGAAUGGGCAACUGGAAGGGGGAGGAAAGCAGGAGGCAGCGGACGGUUUCGGGCAGUGGUGGAGGAGGCGGUGGAGGAGGAAGGUUGCGGUCAAUAUCGGGCGGAGCAGGAGUGGGGGAUCGAGGAGGAGAUGGCGGUGGUGUUGAAGGUUCAGCCGCCUGGGAGCAGGGAGGGGAGAAGAGUGGUGAGGGGAGAUCUGGGAAGUUGCUCAACUCGCAGCCAGACAGGGAUCUCCCACAGCAGCUGCAGGAUAUCCUGGGCAAGAUCGAGAGGUUCAAGCGUGACAAGAAAAAGGAGACUACCGCGUGAACAAAUGUGUAUUAAUUUGUCCCUUCACUGCCAUGGGGGAUUUGAGGGAAGGCACAAGCCUAGAAAAUAAACCAGGUGCUGGUUUAUUUAAUGUGUAUCUGUACAGCCUCUUUGUCAAUCAACUUCUGGAUGAGAGCCCCCCUCCCCCACACCGUGUGGGUAUUGGAGGUUAUUUGAUCAUACCUUUGCCGUGGUUGGGCAGUCCAGGUUGGCACAGUACUGGGACAUCUACAGGGAGCACAGAAGUGGAGCACGACGAAUGUUUUGUUGCUGCACUGCCCUCUGCUGCCUACCGAUGUAGCCCUGCGGCCGCCUUUAACACCUUUUGUGCGUAGUGGUCGCCUAUCCAAGCACUAUAUCUAGGCUCAUGCUUCCUCUUCCGAGUUUGAACACAUUCCGAGUGAUUAAGUCACAGGUAACCUACGGGGACCUCUUUUGUUUUUGACAGUUUCAAAAUGAUGAAAAAAGAAUAGGAUUUCUGGCAUUGGUAACCGUUGCAGGUGUAAAAUUUUACCUCUACGUGCACCGGGCUCCAUAGGCUUAAAGUGGAGACCGCUCCUCGCUGAGCAUCGCACGUUGCGACGUAGACAGCAGAACGGUGGUGGCUUGCGUGCUGCCACCGGAUGGCGCUGUAAACAUCCGAAAGUUGCGUAGCUGCGACUUAAAAUUUUACUUUUUUUCCCCUCUCACUAUUGAAUGUUGAAACUCGUGUAGGGGCGGCCAGUGAUACACAGCCUCGGCAAUGUUUCCAUAAACUAUGGAGCCGACUCUGGUUUUUUUGUAAGGUUGCGUCUUUAAGUAAGUGCAUGAUUCUCUCCUGACGGGACAUAGGAAACAUUUACAAAUGAAAGGAUGACGUUGGCAUUUAAGAGAAUGAAGAUUUAUGCCACUGCUGGGAUAGGUUGAGAAAAAUGUCUCUGCAGUGCUGGAGGCGAUGGGUUUUUCGUUCCAAGUUCGUCGUUGGUUUUGGCGACUGUUCGAGCCCACGGACACUGACACAGUUCGGCCGCCUAAAAGGGCAGCGUCGCCUCCCCAAAGUGGAAUGCUGUCGUGUCAGCACCACGAGGGAAGCCGACAGACAAGAGGCCAUGAACAGAGUGUUUUGAAUGAGGAUUUGUUUAUCAGUCGUGGGAUGCUGUUAAGCUCAAGACAAUGUUUAAACAAUUUGCCAAAUAUCCGGUAACGUGGAAAGCAUUUUUGUGUUAUUACUACCGCGUAGAUUUGUCUUGGUUGUGCUGUAAGUGUUUUCGGGUUGUACCGCAUGUGUUUUAUGAUGUCCAACUUUUGCUCCAGAAACUCCCAGCACGUGGAGCGCAGUGUCGGACAUUCUGCCGAAUGACACGCAGUACAAACCGAAAAUGCAUCUGAGAGAUAUUUCUGUGCGGUUUUUUUGGUUAUAUUUAACCACGAGCUUAGUCAUUUUCAUCACCAUAAAUUGUCUUAAUGAUGUCUUUUUAUGACAUGGGAAGCCUGUCUCUUUGCUGAAAUAACAUGAGGCCGAAUUCAUCGCUAAUGGUGGCCUUGAGCCAGGGGUGAAAAUUCAAUAUUUCUACCGCGUGGGCCGGAGGACGGACACUCUUGAGCUCACACAUUGAUACUGAUCUUGUCGAUCCUGGAGGAAUCGUGUGUUGACCCCCAGUCCCCUCCCCACCGUAAGUUGAAUGUACAGUCAUCCAAUCGCAAAUUGCGUGUUCGUAGGAGUGUCCAUCAUAUGUAUGGGAAGCUGAAUAAUCUCCAGGUAGAGCAUGUCUGGGAUGCAUUGAAGGGCUUCCGGCUCCUCGAGAAUGCCCUAGGGACUCGUUGGUGCUGCCCCAGCUGUCCCUGGGACUCUUAUUGGUGCUGGGCCCCCCGAUUGCUUUAUCAUAGACUGUGCCACGGUGUUGCACUCUCCUCUCUCCCAUUGUACCCCUUGAUCUAACCACUCCUUUCCUCACCCCCUUCCUAUUUUAUUUUAGGAAAGCACCAACGGAUACUUAUUCCAUUUAGAUGCUAUAUAAAUUAUAAUUGUUGCUGGAAUGACCUAAGUUGGGAAAGGGAACAUUUAUAAUCUAAAGGUUGGAUGUAUAUCAAUAUAUGUACGUUAGAUCACCAGUGAUGAGAAUGAUUUACUUAGUGUGUGUUUGCGUUGAGCCAGGCAGCGUCUUCAUUAUUUGAAGAAUGCCGUGUCGUCCUCAGACCGCCUCUAAAGCUUCGUUAACAGAUGCAGUCUUUAACAACGUGCGGCGUCACCGUCUGUCUUGCACCACGGCCACAGGUCGAGUUGUCACGUAAACCUCACCCGUACAGGUUUGCCAAACACGCGAGGCCUUGGCCAGUUCGGGAAAGCCUGUUGAGCAGGGCCUAGUCGAGGCGUUGAAGAUCAAACCAGGCAGGGCGGAUCGCAGGCGUCCACGAGGGAUUGGUUCCUAGUUGACGAUGAGAACCACUCUUCGUGGCAAUGUUGGUCCACAGUAGGUGCCUUUGUAACAGACGGGCAUUUGGCGGGCUACAGAGAUACGACGUACAACGUCAGACGCGUAUUUUCAUCCGUAGCUUUCCAGUCGCGUGCAGGGGAGUGCCGUCGCUCAGAAUUGCAAAGGAGUAGAGUUGGUUGAACAGUGCCUGAGAUGAUGUGCGUUGUGGAAUGUCGCUGCAUGUCAACUAGCCCGGUGUAUGACCGACCCCAGACAGGCGUGCGGUGCAUGGGGUUCUCCCGUCCAGUACGAGACUUGAGUGCAGACGUCCGUAGAGUUGGAGCAUUGGGGCCCCUGUGACGACGACCCAGCAAACGUGCCGAGUUGCGAGUAAGAAUAGCCAUAUCUGAUGGUGAGAUGCCAAAUUUUCAUCUCGUCUAGAAGUACAUUUUGUUAAAAUCAGCUGAAGGCUCAAAUGAGCCUGGGCUGCUAAUUUCCCUUUGUAUGACAACUGUUUUACUAGUGGUAUUUAUUUAACCCCCCCCCCCUCCACUGCCUUCAAAACUGCGAAGAGAACUUUCCAAUACUGCACCGCCCAUGUCUUUGUAGUAGUAGUAUUUCAUAAAUUGCAUCCCUUUUUCCCAUUCCACUGCUGAAUGAAGGCCUUCUUACGCUGUGUGGGUAAUGGGGAUUGUUUGACCACUCUUCAGAAAGUUGGUCAGUGUGGGGGUUUUGGAGGACCGGUUUCGAUAUUGCGCGCCGCUUAUGUUGCCAAUGGCCGGCAAGAGAACGCGUGUCGCUCGAUUCAAGGCGCAGUGAGAGAAUCACUGCCAUGCUCGGCCCAAUUAUUUUUGCUGUUGCUUCCAUAAAUAAUAGAAACUGUUUCCCGAGGGUCGUGGUACUCGGUAAAAUAGACGAACUCUUGUUCAUUUGCAGUCAAUCUUUGUAAAAAAAAAAAAUGCAUUCACUCUGGGCAAUCCUCGUUUGAAUGGAUACAAAAUAAAUUAGGCCAAAUGUGGUCAUCACUUGC